UACAGUGGCAGCACUAAUUGCCACAGAUGAUUAUUAAAAACAGAGUUUAACUAGACGCAAAAAGAAAGUAAAGCAAGAAAAAAGGCGCUGCCAUGGAAGUCAUCCUGAUGAUCAUCUUCUUCACCGUCUUCUGGGCGGCGGUGGCCAAGUUCGGACCGAUCCUGGUGACCAAGGGACCGCAGGAUGACCUGGUGCGCUGCAUUUUCCUGCUGACCGCCGUCGUUUGCUGGCUUUUCUGGCUCUGCUGCUAUUUGGCGCAACUGAAUCCACUCUUGGGACCAAAGCUCGAUGGCAAGACCAUCAGGAUCAUCGCCUCGUCUUGGGGAUAUCCCAUCAAGGAUGGAUAAGGGAAUCCCAACAGGGAGCACCCCUCACAGCUAAUCUCUGGCGGAGGAGGCAUCUUCUCCGGAUCCGCAGCCACAUCACUCAGUUCGGAUAAUACACGGAAACAAAAGCUUUGCUAAUCUACAUUUGUACUUUAAAACUGGCACGUUGAUAAGGACGGGAUAGCCGAUAUCCAGAUACGCCCUACUAUUUGCUAACUAACAACAUUAAUCUAUUGAUAUUGUAAACUCCCCACUUUGAACACCAUAUCACACUUCUUUACCUAUUGCUUUGUUCAUAAUUGUUUUUUGCAAAGUAUUAGCCAUGUUCUUGUUCUCUAAACAUUUAUGUACAAACCUGUGAAUCAGAUUUUUGGAAUUGAACAUUCUUCAGACUUUUUGUAUUACAAUAUAUAUUCAAAGUAGUUGAAGAGAUUAUUGUUUUCCGUUUUGUAGGUAAUAUUACUAAUCAGUCAUUGUAUUUGUGAUUUAGUUAUUGGCAAAUAUAGACAAAUUUAUGCGUUUACUGUA